AUGAAUGAUAUAAAGAGUCAUAAAAAUAUUUGUAAAAUAGAUUCAGGUCAACUAAGUUAUAUUGAUAUUGAUGAAAGUGUUUUCAUUAAUAAAAAUUCAUAUCCAGUAAAUGAAUUAUAUGAAGAUGAAACUAGUAAGGGUAACAAUCAAAUAAAAAAUUUUAAAUCAUAUAAAGAAAUGUAUGAAGAAAGUAUAAAUAAUCCAGAAUUGUUUUGGGGGAAUAUAGGUAAAACUAGUUUGAGAUGGUUUAAGUUAUUUACUAAGGUUUAUUCAGGUGAUUUUAAAAAAGGAAAUGUUAGCUGGUUUGUUAAUGGAAAGAUUAAUGCUUGUGAUAAUUGUGUUGAUAGAUGGGCAGAGAUACAUCCCAAUAAAACAGCUAUUAUAUGGGAAAAGGAUAAUCCAAAUGAAUAUAAAAAAAUAAGUUAUAAAAAGUUAUUAGAAAAUACAUGUAGAGUUGCAAAUUUAUUGAAAUUAUAUGGUGUUAAAAAGCAAGAUACUGUUACUAUUUAUUUGCCUAUGACUCCUGAAUUAGUAUAUAGCAUGUUAGCAUGUGCUCGAUUAGGUGCUAUACAUAAUGUUGUUUUCGCUGGGUACUCAGCGGGUAGCUUAAGUGAUAGAAUUAUUGAUUCUAAAUCAAAAAUUUUAAUUACUUGUGAUUUUGGUUUAAGGGGUGGAAAAUUAACAAAAUUAAAGCAAAUUGCUGAUGCUGCUAUGGACUUAUGUGGAACUAUAAAAACAUGUAUUGUUUUUAAAAAUAAAAUGAAAAUAAAUGAAAGUAAUAUAUACCUUAAAACUCCCAUGCAAAAUCAAUUUUAUCAUUCAACAAGUAUUGAUUCUCAAAUUAUUAAAGAUUCUGUCACAAAAUUAGGUAGCAAUUCAAAAUUACAAAGCAAUGGGAUCGACCUAAAUGAAAAUGUGUAUGAUAAAAUAAACAAUAAUAGUUCCAUUAAUUGCUCAAAAAGCGAAAUGGAAGAAAAAAAUUAUAUGGAUAUUUAUACAGUUAAUAAUAAUACUCCAUAUCAAACAAAUUCAAAGGCAAAUGAUUUAUGCGAGAAAGAUUCAUAUUCACAAAAAACGUGCACUAAAGAAAUGGAUAACAACAAUUUUAGAACCCAUAAUAAUGAUCAAACAAUUAAAAAUGGUGAUAUAAAAAGUAAUGGAGAAGAAUUAGGUAGUUAUAAGAACAGUUUAAAGUGUAAAAAUAUUGCAUUAUCUAAAUACCAAAAUUUAGAAGAAAAAAGAUUUAAAAGUAGAGAUAUAGAAAAUACGUCAAGUAAUUUUGAUGAAAAUAUAUGUACUUUAAAAGAAGGUCGUGAUAUAGAUGGUUCAUCAUUAAUGAAGGAUAUGAGACCUUAUUGCCCAAUUGAAUAUGUAGAUAGUGAAGAUUUUCUAUUUUUAUUAUAUACUUCUGGUUCUACAGGAAAGCCAAAAGGGGUAGCACAUACAACAUCCGGUUAUUUAUUAUAUGCUUAUGCAACUUGUAAAUAUAUUUUUGAUGUAACAGAAAAUGAUGUAUUUGGAUGCGUUGCUGAUAUUGGAUGGGUUACUGGACACAGUUAUGUUUUAUAUGGACCAUUAUUAAAUGGAAUUACCACUGUUUUAUUUUCUUCUAUACCUACAUAUCCAGAUUGUGGUAGAUAUUGGAAUUUAAUACAAACUCAUAAAGUUACCCAAUUCUAUACAGCCCCCACUGCUCUUAGGGCCUUGAUGAAACAUGGGGAUCACUGGGUAGAAAAUUAUGAUUUAUCUUCUUGUCGAAUAUUAGGAAGUGUGGGAGAACCUAUUAAUCCAGAAACUUGGAGAUGGUACUAUAAUGUAAUAGGGAAAAAGAAGUGUGUUAUUGUUGACACAUACUGGCAAACUGAAACAGGUGGAAUUGUUAUUGCACCUAUACCCAAUUUAUUUAAAUUAAAACCAGGAUGUGCCACUCUCCCUUUUUUUGGAGUUGAAUUAGAAAUUUUAGAUUCAAAAACUUUAAAUCCAUUAAAAGGUACAAACGUUUGUGGUUUAUUAUGCAUAAAAAGCCCUUGGCCAGGUAUGCUAAGAACUGUAUAUGGAAAUCACAAUAGGUUAAUUAAAACUUAUUUUGAAACAUGCCGUAAUUACUAUUUUACUGGAGAUGGUGCAUAUAGAGAUGAAGAUGGCUAUUAUUGGAUUUCUGGUAGGAUAGAUGACACCUUAAAUGUUUCAGGGCAUAGAUUAGGAGCUGCAGAAAUUGAACAUGCUUUAGUUCAACAUUUUUUUAUUGCUGAAGCAGCUGUUGUCUCCUUUUUUCAUAAAGUAAAAGGAGAAGGUAUUUUAUGUUUUGUUGUUAAAAAAAAAGGAGACUUAAAAAAUUAUGGAGAUAGUGAAAAAAGUGUUAAUUUAUCUUCCAUUCAUAAUAUAGAAAGUAUGGAAGAUUUUAAGAAAACAUAUACAGAUGAAAAAUUAAUCGAAGAACUAAAGUUACAAGUUAGACAAGUUAUAGGACCUAUUGCUACUCCAGAUCUUAUUUGUAUAGUUCCUGAUUUACCUAAAACAAGAAGUGGGAAAAUAAUUAGGAGAAUAUUAAGAUGCAUAGCUAAUGGCUUAAAUGAUUAUGGAGAUUUAACUACUGUUUCUAAUUUUGAAAUUAUUGAUGUUAUUAAAAAUAAAUAUAAUGAGUGUAAAACGAAAAUUAAUUCUACAUCAUAA